AUGAACAUAUCUAAGGAUAGCCCUAGGUAUAGCUUUAACAAUAAAAAUACCUUCUAUCUUAACCCUGAUUAUAUUACAGGAUUUGUGGAUGGGGAAGGCUGUUUCUCUCUUUCACUGUUUAAAGAUGAUAGACGCUUAAAUGGUUGACAAGUUAAACCUAUAUUUAGUAUAUCUCUUCAUAAGAAGGAUAUUUCACUAUUAGAAGCUAUUCAAAGAACCUUUAAAGUAGGAAAGAUUUAUAAACAUGGUAUUGAUUCUAUACAAUAUCGUGUAAGUUCUUUAAAAAAUUUACAAAUAAUCACAGAUCAUUUUGAUAGUUAUCCUUUAAUAACACAAAAGAGAGCAGAUUAUCUACUAUUUAAACAAGCUAUAGCUUUAAUAAAAAAUAAAGAACAUUUAUCUUUAGAAGGUUUAUUAAAAUUAGUAGGAAUAAAAGCUACAUUAAAUUGAGGUCUAUCUGACAAAUUUAAAGAAAGUUUCCCUACUGUAAAAGCAGCAGUGAGACCUUCAGUAAUAUACAAUACUUCAGAUGUUAAGGUUAAAAGCUUAAACUGAAUUAGAGGAUUUAUAGAAGGUGAAGGAUGUUUCCAAGUUAUAACUCAAAAUUCCCCCCCCCGAAGGGGGGGGUGGCGAAAUGUUUGGUUAAGAUUUUCACUAACUCAGCAUAUUAAAGAUGAAGAGUUAUUGAAGGAUAUAGCUAUUUAUCUAAAUAUGGGUAGAUAUUACAAAUCACCAACACGUAAUGAAGGUCAAUACUUAAUAACAAUAUUUUCAGAUAUAAAUAAUAAGCUAAUACCUUUCUUAAAAGAGUACCCAUUAUUGGGAGUUAAACAGGAAGAUUUCUUAGAUUUUGUAAAGAUAGCCAAACUAAUAGAAUCUAAAACUCAUUUAACUGAUGAAGGAUUAGAUACAAUAAAGCUAAUUCAAAGUAAUAUGAAUAGAGAACAAAAGAAUAAUAAAAGAAGAAUAGAUAAAAGUUUAGAUAAUUGGUAA